AUGUUCAAAUCUAUGCCCUUAGAAUCAAUAGCCCCACCAUUAGAUAUCACAGAUGAUACCUAUAUCAAACCCCCUUCAGGUGUAGAUCAGAACUUAACUGUCUUUAUCGGAAUUGUGACCUCUUAUGAGAAGGCUGAGACUAGGAAAUGCUUGCGCGAGUUGUACACACACAAUAACAACGCUCUAGCACGAUAUCUUAGAGUCAAUAAAUCACCUGUGACUAUUAAGUUUAUCCUGGGACUGCCAAAGGAUGAAUAUAUGGAUAAUUUGGAGGAAGAGUCUAAAAUGUACGGGGAUAUUGUUAUUUUGAAUAUUACAGAAAACAUGAAUGAAGGAAAAACUUUUGAAUAUUUUAGUUGGUUUGCUAAACAUAGGGAAGAUAAUUAUAUACACAAAUCGGACGAUGACACUUUCAUCCAUCUUAUUCACUACUACCGUGACCUUCAAGAUUUACCUAGAGAACAUGUGUAUUAUGGUAAUGCUCUAGGAUAUGUACAUGGAACAUAUACGUUUAUGGGAGGUGCCGGAUACACCCUCUCCCGCGACCUCGUUGUAGACAUUGUAGGAUCACAAUGGGUUAAUUUAUAUUCCAAAGGCUAUGAGGACUGGCUAGUAGGUGAAUGGGUAUGUCAUGUGGCUAAGGAGAAAAAUUACUUUGUACAUUACGUCGGCUUUACAAGUUGGGUUCCCAUCCGCCAAAAUCCUAUCCAUGACUUUGACGAGAAAUUGGACCUCCACUACUUUGUCGAGACCAUCAUGAUUCAUCAGAUUAAGGACAUUGAGAUGUUGAAUGCCAUUAAGAAUUGGUACUCUGAAUAUGAAGAGGGAUUGCCAAUGGUCAGAGUUAUUCGGAAUUCAACAGCUGAAGGUCUGGCUACAAAGAAAGAGAUUGUUCCAGAAUGCUGGACUACACUUGAAAGAGAACAGUUAUGGAAUCAAUCUGUUUCUUACAAGAAUUGGUUUUAUGAAGCUUGGGGUUUUAAGGAGAGAUAA